AUGGCAGACGUAGACGUGCAAGUCCAGUAUACCACCACCGAGAGGAAGACCAGAAAGGUUAAGAAGACCUCGAAGCGCAGGGAGUCUAAGGAUGGCGAAGUCACGGUCACCGAGCUGGACCAGAACACUACUAAUACCAACGACGAUGGUAGCGAAUACACCAAGGCGAUGAGCAAGGACUGGCACAGCGGGCACUUCUGCUGCUGGCAGUGCGAUGAGUCCCUCACGGGGCAGCGCUACGUGCUCCGAGACGAACACCCCUACUGCAUUAAGUGCUACGAGAGUGUCUUCGCCAACGGCUGCGAGGAAUGCAACAAGACCAUCGGUAUCGACUCCAAGGAUCUGUCAUACAAAGACAAGCACUGGCACGAGGCGUGUUUCCUCUGCGCGAAGUGUCGCGUGUCUCUGGUGGACAAGCAGUUCGGCUCCAAGCACGACAAGAUCUACUGCGGAAACUGCUACGACGCGCAGUUCGCCAGCCGUUGCGAUGGAUGCGGUGAAGUCUUCCGUGCUGGAACAAAGAAGAUGGAGUACAAGACGAGGCAGUGGCACGAGAAGUGCUUCUGCUGCGUGGUCUGCAAGAACCCGAUCGGGACCAAGAGCUUCAUUCCGCGCGAACAGGAGAUCUACUGCGCCGGCUGCUACGAAGACAAGUUCGCUACUCGCUGCGUCAAGUGUAAUAAGAUCAUAACGCAAGGCGGAGUGACGUACAAGAACGAGCCAUGGCAUCGCGAGUGCUUCACGUGCACCAACUGCGACACGUCGCUGGCGGGCCAGCGCUUCACGUCGCGCGACGAGAAGCCCUACUGCGCCGAGUGCUUCGGGGAACUCUUCGCUAAGAGGUGCACCUCUUGCACCAAGCCUAUCACCGGCAUCGGCGGCACCCGCUUCAUCUCUUUCGAAGACCGACACUGGCAUAACGACUGCUUCAUCUGCGCUCUGUGCAAAACCUCGCUAGUUGCUAAAGGGUUCAUCACCAACGGCCCCGACAUAGUCUGCCCCGAGUGCGCCAAGCAAAACCUCAUCGACGUUAUAGUACUGCCACUAGUAGCUAACGCGAGAGACUGGAUCAAGUCCGAUACAGACCAGAUACCAGGCGUACAACUGACCGAUCUGGUCGGUCGCUUCCGCAAGGCCAACCUUAAGUCACGUGCCGCGAAAUAA